AUGGAUGAUCUGGAGGACACCUCUAUUGCUGCUGCUGUCUUAUUCAGGCCACCUGUAUACCAGCAACGUUAUGGAGCCGUACUGGAACUGUCUAGAAAAAUAGAACCAAAGAAAGUAAUAGACAUGGGUUGUGCUGAAUGCAAGCUUCUCAAAUCAUUAAAGUUUCACAGACACAUUGAAUCACUUAUCGGUAUUGAUAUAAAUGAGUUUUUACUUCAAUCAAAUCAAAACUCGCUCCAACCACUCAUCACUGAUUAUCUACAUAGACGCAGUAGACCAUUGAAAAUACAAUUAUUUAAAGGCUCUAUUGACGAAGUAGACUCUAGAAUGAUUGACUGUGAUCUAUUCUCAUGCAUUGAAGUUAUUGAGCAUUUGUAUCCCUCAGUUCUUGAGAGGGUUCCAGCUGCAAUAUUUCAAAAGCUAAGACCUCAAGUUGUUAUCAUAUCAACACCAAAUUCAGACUUUAAUGUACUCUUCCCUGAGCUUGUUGGCUUCAGACAUUUUGAUCACAAAUUUGAAUGGAGCAGACAAGAGUUUCAAGCAUG